UCAGGUCAAACUGGUGCAGGAAACAACUGGGCCAAGGGGCACUAUACAGAAGGCGCUGAGCUGGUGGAUUCUGUGCUUGAUGUAGUGAGGAAAGAAUCUGAGCACUGUGACUGCCUGCAAGGGUUCCAGCUCACGCACUCGCUAGGGGGCGGCACAGGGUCUGGCAUGGGCACUCUGCUCAUUAGCAAGAUCCGAGAGGAGUAUCCCAAUAGGAUCAUGAACACCUUUAGUGUCAUGCCUUCCCCCAAAGUCUCUGAUACUGUGGUGGAGCCCUAUAAUGCCACCCUGUCUGUUCACCAGCUGGUUGAAAAUACAGAUGAAACCUAUUGCAUCGAUAAUGAGGCUUUGUAUGACAUUUGUUUCCGUACCCUGAAGCUAACCACUCCCACAUAUGGAGACCUGAACCACCUGCUAUCUGCCACCAUGAGCGAGGUCACCACUUCCCUGCGCUUCCCUAGCCAGUUCAAUGCAGACCUCCGCAAGCUGGCAGUGAACAUGGUCCCUUUCCCUCGCCUGCACUUCUUCGUGCCAGGCUUUGCCCCUCUGAUGGCCAGAGGCAGUCAGCAGUAUCAAGCCCUCACCAUGCCAGAACUGACCCAGCAGAUGUUUGAUGCCAAAAAUAUGAUGGCUGCCUGUGACCCGAGACAUGGGCGCUACCUCACUGUGGCCACUGUCUUCCGGGGCCCCAUGUCCAUGAAGGAAGUAGAUGAGCAGAUGCUGGCCAUCCAGAACAAGAACAGCAGCUACUUUGUGGAAUGGAUCCCUAAUAAUGUUAAGGUGGCCGUAUGUGACAUCCCACCUCAUGGCCUUAAGAUGGCCUCCACCUUCAUUGGCAACAGCACGGCCAUCCAGGAGCUGUUCAAGCGCAUUUCAGAGCAGUUCUCAGCCAUGUUCCGGCGCAAGGCCUUUCUGCACUGGUUCACAGGGGAGGGCAUGGAUGAGAUGGAGUUCACUGAGGCUGAGAGCAACAUGAAUGACCUGGUGUCCGAGUACCAGCAGUAUCAAGAAGCUAGGAUAACUGAUGGAGACAGUUUUGAGGAUGAUGAAGAGCUACAGUACUAG